GCCAUUGUGAAUAUAUAUCAAAAGAAUCCAGAGAGUACUUAUAUAUAAGGAAUAGUUUUUUGGUCGGUAAAGCCGUUAUUUUACUAUUUUGGGCCGUUGACCGUCUCCCGUAUUUUCAUUACUUGAUGAUCAUUUGUUUAUAUAAAGAGCCGUUUGGAAAGUGUAGAUCAUGCAACACAAAACCCUAAAGUGAUUAACAUAGUUAAUUGGGAAGGAAGAUGGUAGACUUUGGUGGGGUUUGGCCCGUGAUAGUUUCGCUCGUGCUCGUGAAGAUCUGCCACUGGUUUUACCGAUGGCGAAACCCGAAGUGCAGAGGGAAACUUCCUCCGGGAAAGAUGGGUUUCCCGAUCAUCGGAGAGACUUUCCAGUUCAUGAAACCCCAUGACCUGUCUCGACCGAUUUCUCCGUUUCUCGAGAAGAAAACGCUCAGAUACGGACCCGUGUUUCGGACGAGUUUAUUCGGGGCAAAAGUCGUAAUGUCGACAGAUCCUGAGGUGAACAUGGAGAUGGCGAAGCUGAACUCUCGGCUGGGAGCCAUCAAGAGCUUAAAGCGGCUCUUUGGAGAAAACAACGUCUUCCUGCAGACCGACGACAUUCACAGAUAUGUCCGUAGCUUGACUUUCCGACUCUUCGGUUCGGAAAGCUUGAAAUGCAGAAUCAUCCACGACCUCGAUUCUCUGACCCGCAAGUGUUUCGAGGACGCUGCCGCCAGCGGUGCUUUCGACGUCAAAGAGACGGCGGCAAAUAUGAUGACUGAAUUAGCCGCAAAGAAGGUCAUGGGUGAGAUGGAACCGGAAGCUGCAAAAGAGCUUGAACUCUGCUGGAGAGCUUUCCGCACGAGCUGGUUUCAGUUUCCUUUCACUAUCCCUGGAACCACCGUCUAUAAAUUCGUCAAGGCGCGAAAGCGGGCAAUGAAGAUCCUAAAGGAAUUGGUUCGGAGGAAGGAAGAAUCAAAAGAGGGACUUGGCGAUUUCUUGGACAUAGUAUUUGGGGAGAUGGACCGGGGAGGAGCUCUGGAUAUACAGAAAGCCGUGGACUUGAUAUUCACGUUUUUCGUCGUUGCCCAGGAAACAACUCCCGGAAUCCUCGCCGCAACCGUGAAGCUUAUAGCCGGCAGAUCCGAUGUCAUGCAGGAGUUGCAGAGAGAGCACGAGAGAAUUGUUCAGAGCCGGGCGGAUAAGGAGGCGGGAUUGACGUGGGAAGAAUACAAGUCCAUGACUUUCACACACAUGGUUGUCAAAGAAUCGCUCCGGUUCACAAGCGCUCAACCUACGGUGCAUAGAACAACAGCUCAGGAUAUCGAGAUCGGAGGGUACACAAUGCCAGCCGGGUGGAUAUUCUUGGGAAUUCCUCUUGUACAUUUUGAUCAAGAAACAUACGAAGAUCCAUUCGCAUUCAACCCAUGGCGGUGGAAGGGAAAAGAUCUGCAAGCGACGUUGUCCAAGAGUUUCAUGCCUUUCGGCGCCGGCCCCACGCAUUGCGUCGGGGCCGAGUUUGCGAAACUGGCAAUAGGAGUUUUCGUCCAUCACCUGUCCCAAUACAGUUGGUCGAUGAACAAAGAGACCAGAGUGCUUCGAAGUUACACACUGAGAUAUCCGAGCGGCUGCAAAGUCCAGAUCUCCAAGGCGACGGAAGAAUAAAGAUGCACUAUAUGUAAUCUUUGCCAUUAUAAUGAUUGGCGGUGUUAUAUAUAUAUGUGUGUGUGUGUGUGUGUGUGUGAAGAAUGUUACUGCUGCUUGAGCAGAAAGUGUGUGAAUGACCAAACUAUGUCUACGUACCCAUGAUUUUAUGCAUAUUAUGUACGAACUGUUUCCAUA